UAAACACAGGAUAAAAGUAGGAAAGGCAGAGGUUAAAAUGAAAACAGAAAAUAAGGGUUGGUGAAGGGCAGGCUGAGAGGAGUCAUAAACGUACAUACCGAGAAGGGGUGAUGAACUAAAGGAGGAUGGAAAGAACGCGUGAGGGAAGGCAGAGCAGGGAUAAAGAGAGCAGCCGGAGCGCGCGCAUGUGAGGGGGAAGGAGCGACCAGUGUGGUGCAGCCAGAUGUGUGGCUGCAGCCCCAGCUCCUGGGGAGAGAGGAGCGCUGGCUGCGGAAGGACUUCAGCUCCCCCUCUGGCCUCUCACUCUGACUUGGCAAGCCGGGCUGGUAGCGUUUGCUCUCCGCUCUGUCCUAAGCCGCCAAGUGGCUGGACUUAGCAUCUCGGAGCCCCAGGUUCUGAAGGCAUCCCGGAGCCAGUCCGCAUCUUGCACCAGGAAGAGCCGCCUAGGAGAGGGCGAAAAGACCACCGCCCAGAGGGAGGGGCGCCCACCGCCCCACCAGACCAGGAUGGGGCAAGCUGAGAGGGACCCCUUGUUCUGCGUUUAGCGUUGAAGACUCCGGGGACUCUUUCUAUUUGGGGGAGGGAGGUGUCUACUACGAGUUUUGGCCAGGAUGAAAAGCAAAUAGAAAGGGGAAGGAAAAAGCCUCCAGAGAUGCUUUAGCCCAGCGGAUGCUCCAAGGGCUGAGGGGUGGAUGUGCUCCCUGUGUGUUUGCUCUGCAGGUCCCUGGGGCUGCUGGUCCCCUCUCUGGCAGGAGUAUGGGAGCCGAAGCUCGGAGGAAGCUGCUGCGACUUCAUCCCAGGGGCCAGCGGGGAUAAAGGGAUCUAGCCCGAGCUCGGAGCCCAUCCCGACCAUACCUCUGGAAAAACUGGCCAAGACUCAGGACAAACAGGAGAUUAAAACCAAUCAAGAGAAGAGAGACCACGCAGCCCGGGACACUCAGAGCCAGACAGGCCCAGGGAAAAUGAAUGAAAUCACUAGGAAUGGGCGGGAGGAGGGCAGCUCCAGGGAUGGGAAGAGCAAAGGAAGCCGGAAUUAUUCCAACAAAGAGUCUUGGAGCAAACAGAAACAGAUUUGGAAUAGCCAAGGGAUGAGCAGUAAGCCUGGGAAUUUGCAAGCCCAAGAGCCAGGGGAUAGCAUUCAGGAAGAAGCCCUGGCUGCAGAAGAUGCAUCUCUUCCUGAAGCUCUGGUUACCCCUGAACCCCCUGAGGAGUAUGCCUAUCCAGACUACAGAGGGAAGGGCUGUGUGGAUGAGAGUGGUUUUGUUUAUGCUAUCGGUGAGAAGUUUACUCCUGGCCCUUCAGCCUGCCCUUGCCUUUGCACUGAGGAGGGACCGCUGUGCAUUCAGCCUGAAUGCCCAAGACUCCACCCUCGAUGCAUCCAUGUAGAUACCAGCCAGUGUUGUCCUCAGUGCAAAGAGAAGAAGAACUAUUGUGAGUUUCGGGGAAAGACGUACCAAACUCUAGAGGAGUUCAUGGUCUCUCCCUGUGAGAAAUGCCACUGUGAAGCCAACGGUGAAGUGCUUUGCACAGUGUCAGCUUGUCCUCAGACUGAAUGUGUGGACCCUGUGUAUGAGCCAGAUCAGUGUUGUCCUAUCUGCAAAAAUGGCCCGAACUGUUUUGCAGAAACUACUGUCAUCCCUGCUGGAAGAGAAGUGAAGACAGAUGAGUGCACUAUAUGUCACUGUACUUAUGAAGAAGGCACUUGGAGAAUUGAACGGCAAGCAAUGUGCACUAGACAUGAAUGCAAGCAAAUGUAGAAAAUCUACAAAUCCAAGUACUCUAAUGUUUUGGCUUUUCUUUUUUUUUUUACAAAAAAUUUCACUUCAGAUGACCCUGGGAAAUAUGAAUAAAAAUGAGAAGAUUUUUGAUGAGAAAUAAUGGAAAAACGUUGGUAUUUUGGUUUUCAUAGUAACAUAAUUACUGCAGAUCAAAGAUAUGAAGAUAUUUAAAAAGAAAAAAAAACUUUUGACAUAAAAUUCCUGUCUAAAUAAAUGUGCUAUUUUCACAGUGAGUACACUGAAGUACACUAUUAAAUAUUAACGUAUUUCUAUAAUCCCAUUAGAGAGCUUAUAUUAAAUGUUUUCUAUAGAUACAGACAGAUUAAAAAAGCAGUAUUGUCAACUGUCACUACUGUGCAUCUGCAUACAUAUUUCUGUUCUGAUUUGACCAAAUGGACACCUUUGUUACUGAUGAUACUCUAACACAUGUGGUGAUUUGGGACUCAGAAAAUGACAAGUUACCAGGAUUUUUAAUUAGUUGCAAACCUGUUCUAAUAUAAGCAAUCACAUUCUUUGUUUUAACAUUCUUAGCUCUAAUGUUUAUCUUCUAAAGAGCAAUUUUCAAUCAUAUACAUGAAUCAUUUUCUUCUUAAAAUAUUUUGUUGCUUUUUAACAUUUUCUUUAUCUUUUGGGAAAUUGAGGUACAGAAAUUACAAAACACUAUUCAAGUUCAGGAUAUCUGAUAAAGCUUCAGUCUCAAUGCUCUAGAAGGGACUUUAAUCUUAAUCUUUGAAUACAUUUUAUUUUCAAGCAUAAUCAGAUUUUCUAUUAAAAGCAUCAACCAAGAUGGGGGGGGCUGGAAUCCUUUUAUUACUGUUUUAUAAUGCUAAGACAUGUAGAACCACAAGGGGGAAAUCAACAGUCUUAAUGCCGCAAGCAUUUAUUAAGCACCUCCUAUAUGCGAAGCCCUGUGCUUAAUAACUAUAAAAAAUAAACUAUCCUUGUCUUCAAGGACCUUAUGUUCUUUUAAAACUUAAAUUAAGCCACACAUAUAAAUAUAAAAAUGAGAUAAUUUUAUUGAAUCAAAGAAAAACAAUAGCUUUUCCUCACAUGGUUUACAGUUUAGUUGAAAGCAAAAAAUGGCCUAACAUUUUGUUGCAGAUAUUAAAAAUAAGGAGAAUUGGAGCAUAUCUUCUUUGUUGUUUUGUUUUGUUUUGGUUUUGAUGGGCAAUGAGGGUUAAGUGACUUGCCCAAGGUCACACAGCUAGUGUCAAGUGUCUGAGGCCGGAUUUAAACUCAGGUCCUCCUGAAUCCAGGGCCAGUGCUUUAUCCACUGCACCAUCUAGCUGCCCCUGGAGCAUAUCUUCUAAAAGUACUUACAAAGUGAUAUAAUAUACCUUAUAACAUGUAUACAUACAUAUAUAUAUAUACACAUAUAUAUAUUAAUCUUGUCCAUCAACAAGCACUACAAAGCCCUUCUGUUUCCUUAGCCCAAUUAUGCUAAAUUCAAUAAAAAUAGAUAUAAAAUGAGUACGCCCUACAAUUUAACAGCUGAAUACAAGUACCAGUUCUAACUCACUUUCAUAAUGCUCCCUAAGAAGUAUAGAGCCAAAUAUGCCAGUUCAUUCCAAAGCAAGAAACAUUUAUUAAGUGCCUCCUGUGUUAAAGGCACUAUGGUUAAGUGCAGGAUACAAAGAAAAAACAAAAACAAAUGACUCCUGUCUCUGAGGAGUUUACAUUCCCCUGAAAUACAUGGAAAGUGACCAACAUAUAUUUUAGGAAAGGAUUCCAUACGUAUGUAGACUCAUGCCUACCAUACUGAGGACUAGGAAUAGAUGACCUCUAAGGCCUUUUCCAACUCAGUGAUUCUAUAAGAUCUGAAUAUGGAUGCAAUGGAGAUCAUGGCCCUACGACAGACAGAAUCAGAUUGGAGCAAGUUUUUAUGGCACCACAUUAAUGUUUAAAGAACAUGUAUUUGCCAGAAUAGAAACUCUUCUGCUGAAGUUUCAAGUGGGAUUAAAGUUGAUUCAUGGUCAAGUCUUAAAAUGUAAAACCAAACUGAUGCUCACCCCCUGACUCUUUUGGGGAUUAAUUCCAGGAGAUGAAGUUGAAUAGAAAUGCUUGAACCAUAGAAGAACUUUGCCUUUCCCCUCUAGAGUUUAAGUGAAGAUUUUCUUCUCCCUCUUUUCCCCUUGAAUGUUCCUAAGUAGAAGAACUCUCUUUCCUAGUUGCCCAGGAGCUCUGUGUAAACCAGAACUGAAGCUAGGGCUUGGAUUAAAGUCUGAGAUUACUUGCCUUAAUGUAAAAUAGUAUUGUUUGCAUUUGUACAGCUGAAGCUUCUGUUAUUUUUUGAUGGUUAAGUCUUGAUAUUGAUUUGAAUAUUUCUAUAUAAAAUAAAUACACAUGCAAACAUAGGCAGCAUAUACACAUAUUACUCAGUAAUUUUCUUUUUUUUAAAAAAGCUAUAUUUGCUUUUAUUCAACAAUAUCUAUUAUUUUCUCCAAAUGCAUUAUCUUCAUCAAACACAUUCAGAAACUAGAAGGUUAGAUUGGUUCUUACUUGGAUUCGAAGCUACCUGCCUGCACACACUGACUUAGGCAAGCUCUCAAUCACUGCUGAAUUGUAGGAUUUCGAGACAUCAGAAGAAAAAAAAAGAUUCUGAUUUCUUGAGGAGUUGCUCAGAUUUUUAAAAAAAAAACCUCAAACUUGGAAACCUCUAGUUUUGAAUUUUAAAAUCUUCGAUUCCAAAUGGCCCUAUAGAUAAGUGCCUUUUCAAUAAUAUCUGAAGUUAUAUUCAAUGCAUUUCUUUCAUUUUGAUCCAAAUGAAAACACCUGAAGACUUUAAACAAUUUCUUUGAAUGACUAAUUGCCUUUUUGAUCCAUAUCCAACAAGAAUGCCUUAGUUGGAUGAAAAUUUGCAGUUUUUGAAAUUUGACUUAUGAGCACAGAAGCUUUCAGUAUUAAACUUUUAAAAUUCUCAUCAGAGUUUAUACCUUCAUUUCUGAGAGAUCCUGGGAAGAGUGAUAGUUUGCCAUUUUAUCAUCAACAAUUUGAAAACUGUUUAUUAAAUACUUACAAUGUCCAAGGCACUGUGCCCUUUUAUAUAAUGCUUAAAAAAGGCUUAAGACUGCACAUUAUGAGCAUGCUGUAUAGAUUUUAUACUCUAUAGAUGAACCACAUUCUCCUGGCAUUUUCAAGUAUUCCAAGGAGUUCCUUAAGCCAAGAUUUCAUACUGAGUUCUGAACCACCUGAGAAUCCCUAAUCUCUACAAGUCACGGUCAUUUUUCAUGCAACAUUAAGAACAACUGGCACCACAUUUUAGGAAGGAUAUCUGUAAACUGGAUCGGAUCACGAGGAGGGUCACCAGAAUGGCUUGAAGAACUGGAUGGCCUGGCUUAUGAGGAUUGAAGGACCUGGGCAUGUUAAGCCUGGAAAACAGAAGACUUGAAGGGAAAACAAUAGUUGUGUUCAAGCACAGGAAGGGUUUCACGUGCAAAGAAGAUUACAAUUUUCUGUUUGGUCCCAGAGUACAAAAGUAGAUGUAGUGAGUGGAAGUUGGAAAAAGGUAGAUUUCAAUAUGAUUGAAAGAAAUCUAAUUAGCACUGCUCAAAACUAAAAUGGGCCGCCGCCUCAUGAGGUAGUGAAUUCUCUAUUAAUAGAGGUCUUCAAGUGGAUCCUCUCUGAGGACUGGAUGUGGAUUCAGGGAUGAGGAAGGAGAGGUUCCUGUUUGGGUACCUAAAGAGAGCUAGAUGAUGUUGCAGGGUCUACCAAAUCACAGAAUCAGUGAUUCUGUAAACAGCUUAAGGAAUUGAAAAGUUUCAAAACACAGUGUUUCGCAUUGACUGUUUUGACCUGUAUUAAAAAUUUAUGGUUUUCCAAAUUUCACCACUGUGUCAAUUUGAUAGUCCUUUUUGAAUCAAAAAUACCACCUGCUGUUAACCUUCUGCACAAAAACAUAGACAUGAGAUCCAAACUCAUAGCUUUUUAAUGCCAAGCCCAAAGUAUAUCUGGCUGCACAAACUAUAAUACUGAGACUUGUUCAUCCGAGGUUUCAAUAAAAUUAAAAAACUUAACAAAAUGGAAAUGUCCUCAAAAUGUUUCACAGAUAGCCAGUUUUGUGAACUGUAAAAAGUCUACUGUUCAAUUUGUUCCUGUUGGUAAGUUCAAAGAAGAAAAACACAAUUGUAUAGCUAAAAAAUGAUGUGGAUACCAAUAAUCUAAAGUCAUCAAUGUACAAUUCAAAUACCAAAUCCUGUCUUCAACAUUUAAUGUAUAUAAUUUAGACCGACAACAUGAUGUUAGCUGGAAGAUGUUCUAAUUCUUACAGUUCACCUUCUUCCAUGUAUUUAAUUUUUCCAGAAAAUGUAAACACUUCUCACUUUUUAAGUCAUAAUAUUUAAACACUUGCUGGUAUUCGAGUUUUAAGCAGAACUGUUUCAGAAUAAAUAUUUUCAAGAUUUC